AGGACGUCCGUCUCAGCCCAUCCUACCAACCCAACCAGCCAUCCUUGAACCAUCACCACCAUCACCUCGCAUCGAGCUCCGAUCUGAGACAGUUUCACUCUACAACACUCGGACUGGAUACUACACGCACAUCUCAGAUCUCCAGCUCGCUCAAUCAAUCAUCAAACACACGCAACCAUUAUCACCACCUUUUCACCUAACUACAAUCUCCUACCUGCCUAGAGCUCAUCACCAUCUAGGUCCACCGAACACCUCGACCCUGCCGCCCGCAUACUUCGAGCGCAGUAUUGGCCACGUCUACAACCUACGCUCUGACGCACCAGGUCAUCACCACCAUCAGUCCUCUCUGAACCUCAAAACUACGCACCAGAGUCUCCCCCUCCCCCUUUACCCCUGAUCCCUUCCCUUCCCUCACAAUGUCGACAUCAGGGCCUGCACCAGGUCAAAGUGAAGCACAAUGGAAGGCUGAGAUUACAGCCAAGAUCACACGGGACGAGAGGCCACAGACAGACGAUGUGCUCAAAACAAAGGGAAACGAUUUCGAGGACUAUUUCCUCAAGAGGGAACUGCUAAUGGGUAUCUUUGAGGCAGGGUUCGAAAAGCCCUCACCGAUCCAGGAAGAGGCCAUCCCCAUCGCCCUCACUGGCAGAGACAUCCUGGCCAGAGCAAAGAAUGGAACAGGAAAGACGGCAGCGUAUGUCAUUCCUUCGUUGGAGCGACUGAACCCGAAGAAGAACAAGAUCCAGGCCGUACUGCUGGUGCCGACUCGUGAGCUGGCACUACAGACAUCACAAGUUGCAAAGACGCUAGGAAAGCAUCUUGGUGUGGAGAUCAUGGUCACGACAGGAGGAACGACGCUCAAGGACGAUAUCUUGCGACUGAACCAGACCGUGCAUGUGCUCGUGGGCACCCCCGGAAGAAUCUUGGACUUGGCAGGCAAAGGACUGGCAGACCUUAGCGAAUGUGGGACCUUUGUCAUGGACGAGGCCGAUAAGCUCCUUUCACCUGAAUUCACACCCGUCAUGGAACAGCUCUUGGGACUACUGCCAAAGGAAAGGCAAGUAAUGCUGUUCAGCGCUACUUUCCCUCUCAUCGUAAAGGACUUCAAGGACAAGCACAUGGUCAAGCCGUACGAGAUCAACCUCAUGGACGAACUCACACUCCGUGGUGUCACUCAAUACUAUGCAUUCGUCGAGGAACGCCAGAAGGUCCACUGCCUCAAUACCCUCUUCUCUCGUCUGCAAAUCAACCAGUCUAUCAUCUUCUGUAAUUCGACGAACCGAGUCGAGCUUCUCGCCAAGAAGAUCACCGAGCUUGGCUACUCCUGUUUCUACUCACAUGCCAAGAUGCUCCAGGCCCACCGUAACCGCGUCUUCCACGACUUCCGAAAUGGCGCAUGCCGAAACCUCGUCUGCUCCGACCUCCUCACCCGAGGUAUCGAUAUUCAAGCGGUCAACGUCGUCAUCAACUUCGACUUCCCCAAGAACGCAGAGACCUACCUUCACCGCAUCGGUCGAUCCGGUCGAUUUGGUCACCUGGGUCUAGCAAUCAAUCUGAUCACCUACGAGGACCGCUUCAACCUUUACCGGAUCGAACAAGAGCUCGGAACCGAGAUUCAGCCGAUCCCGUCGCAGAUCGACAAGAAGCUUUACGUCGCUCCAUCUCUGAUCCAGUCCGCUGAGCAGCAAGAGCAGCAGCAGCAGCAGCGGGGCAACCAGAAGAGGCAGAACGGACAGGCCAAUCAGGCCGGUAUGCCGGUCAUUCCACCUACGCAGGCUGCCAUGCACGCCAACGCUAUUCCUCAGAGCCAGAACUUCACUCAAAGCGUAGCUCACCGCGGUCAAAGAAGAGGUCCAGGGGGUGGAGGCGGCGCUGGCGCUCCUCCCUCGGCUCAGGCUUAGUCGAGGCGAUGCUUCUUACGGCCAGUUGCAUCGCUGUGGGACCUCCAACCAUAGUCGGCCCCUGCUUUGCUCUCCUCGCCAAGAUCUUCACCGUAUCCUAGAACAGCUUUCCAAUCUCCUCGUCGCCGCACGCUCUCUUUCGAAACGCUGUGAGCAUUUGGCUCAGUCCCAUUCCGCCAUCAGCACUCCACAGUGUCAAAGAAACGUCUACAAUUUCGCCAG